AAUGCAUUUUCUUAAUCAGGAGUCUUGAGGUUGACUUUAUUCUUCUGGCUGGAUAUCUCAAACUUAUACCAGCUGAGUUGAUCCGAGCAUAUCCCCGAUCCAUAUUGAACAUCCAUCCAUCACUGCUUCCAGCUUUCGGUGGCAAAGGUUAUUAUGGUAUGAAGGUGCAUAAAGCAGUCAUUGCUUCAGGAGCCAGAUACUCAGGGCCAACCAUCCACUUUGUUGAUGAGCAUUAUGACACAGGGCGUAUCCUGGCUCAAAGAGUUGUACCUGUGCUUGCAAAUGACACUGCAGAGGAGCUAGCUGCAAGGGUACUCCAUGAGGAGCAUCAGUUAUAUGUGGAGGUAAUGGCUGCAUUAUGUGAAGAUCGUUUAAUUUGGAGGGAAGAUGGUGUCCCUCUCAUCCAAAAUAGGGAAAACCCCAAUGAAUACAGCUAACAUAAUCAAAUAUGUUUCGCUUAUAGGUUGUAUCCUGUUGAAGAGUGUGACAUACAUGCGGAUAUUUUGACAACAGCAUGAUAGGGGAUGUACUUUCUAACUGAGGUUGUCUUGACACCCUUGAUUGCAUAGAAAAUGAUGUUGAUUUCCUAGCGUUUCCAAGCUUUGCCCAAAGCUUACAUGGUUUAUAAAAAUCUAUCUCUUCAUAAAAAUGAUACUGACAACAGCCAAAUGGUUUUGCUUUAUGGGAAUGAUGUCAAAUCUGAUGUAAGGAUGCAUGUUCCAGUUCUUUCAAUGGCCGAGAGUUUUUUGACACUGGGCAGUCUAGACACUUGAGCUACAUGGCCUUGGCUAACAUCUUAAAAAAGUUCCUUAAAAUAGAUCUAUUUUUAUAGCUUUCGGAAA